GGCCAACCAGAACUCUAGGCCGUUCUUACAUGUUUACGCGUCUUUAGUCCGGUCGAUAAUAAGCUGCCCUCUCAUCAGCAGUCCACAAGUAUAACAUUAACCGAGGUCAAUUUGUGAUAUAAACUAUAAAAUCUAACAAUCUCUAAAGAUGUCUUACAAUUAAUAAUAACAAUAAUUCGGUUACAAUAUACGAACAUCAAUUUAUUUAUUGGUAGAAUGACCGACCAUUCAUUCAAUGAAUAUAUAAACAAAAUUAAUAAUCAUUUAUAUUUUAUUUAUAAUAUUCUAUAGAUCAAAUGGUACCAUUAUAUUGUGUAGUCAAGAAUGAAUAAUUGUGAAACUAUUUUCAUUAGAUUAAACCAUGUUAAUCAUAUGAAGAAUUGGAUUUAUCAAUGGAUUAUAUAUUUAUUAAUUUACAAUAUUGUCAUUCCAUGUCGAACUAAGGAAAUUUACAAUACGACAUCUAAUCAACCAUUAACUUGUAAUUCAUUACUUACAAGUAAUGUAUUACAAUAUUAUAUGGAACAAUUAUUAACUCAUUAUGGUAAAGAUAGUGCAUACAAAAUUGGUAAUCCAAUCAAAUUUGGUACUGCUGAAUUUUUCGACAUAAGAAUUAGUGGUUUAUCUGCUGUACAAUUCUCAGAACCAGUUGAUAUUAUUGAUCUAUCAUCAGGAAAUAUACGAAUGAUAUUUCCGUUAUUAUUUGACUAUCUUGUUAUAAAUGGUAAAAUGAAAAUGAUCAUGUUUGCUACUAAACCUCGGUCAGUUGAAAUUAAAAUUAAAUCAAUCAAAAUAUAUUUGGAUUUACUUCUUAUACAACCAAUGAAUAAUGAUUUAUUAUUACCAAUUCGUGUGAAUAAAGUUACUGUUAUCCAUUGGGAUAAUCUUCGAUUUGAUAGUAAAGGUGUUUUUACAAUCUUUUUUAAAAUGUUCAAUCAAUUUCGUUUAUAUGAUGGUAUCAUUAAACGUUCAAUUGAAAAAGAAAUUUAUCAACAAAUUGAAAAAUCAUUAAAUUCGUUUUUUAAAGAUUAAAAAAGAAACAAAGUCAAUUGUUUAUAAUUAUUUAAUUGUAAAAUUGAAUAAUUUUAUUUUGUUUUAUUAAUUAGUCAUUGAAAUCAA